UGGUCAAGUUUUACACAGCGAAUUGAUGGCUCUCCGUCGCGUCGUCAUCGUAUAGCCUAUCCAGUAUUUUAAAAGGACAAAUCGCACCUGUUUGCACAGACCGUGCACCACACACAUUUUCUUCCUGUGACACCAAUUCGCUCAAGUUUGCCUCGGCGGGGGGGUAGCCUACAGCGGGAUUUUCAUCUUCAAACCUUGCGACAUUCGAACGCAAUAAAUGGAUGUUAAUUUCCCUAUUGACGAUUUGGACAGGCUUACUGGAUGACCUCUGGUCUGUAGUCGUCAUUCUCGCUUUGUGGAGCUGAUUGGACUACCGCGUCUCCAGUUGAUAAAGAUAACGGUGGUCGCGUACCACACUGAGGGACGCCUAACCUAAGGAGUGAAGGAAAGUAGCCUACGGCACAACUUGGACCAUAUAAAGUCGUUUGGCUCGCUCAGAAGUUAUAACGGGGUAAUUCAUGUUGAUCAACGGAGUGCGAUGGGAGCAGCGACACGGGGAGUAGGAAUGGCCAUGGCGCUUUGGGACGGUGCCAAUGGAUUGGGAUUCCUGGUGAUUUUUCUUGUGGAUUUCCUUGGAACUGCGGCGAGUAACCUGGAACCUAUAUACUGGAAUUCUCUGAACAAAAGAUUUGGAGAUGAGAGGGGUUACGUGCUCUACCCCCAGAUCGGCGACCGCUUGGACCUCAUCUGCCCGGCGUCGAACCCGAGCGGCCCGCGCUCCACGUCCGAGUACGAGUUCUACAAGCUGUACCUGGUGGCGACCCGCGAGCAGGCCGACCGCUGCGAGGUGAUGGGCCCGCCCAACCUGCUGCUCACCUGCGACAAGCCCAACGCCGACAUGCGCUUCACCAUCAAGUUCCAGGAGUUCUCGCCCAACCUGUGGGGCCACGAGUUCAAGAGCCUCCAGGACUACUUCAUCAUCUCCACUUCGGAUGGUUCGAGACAGGGUCUGGACAGCAUGCGCGGGGGCGUAUGUGUGACCAGAGGGAUGAAGGUGGUACUGAAAGUAGGCCAGACUCCGUACGGCCUCCCGCCGAAACCUAAAUCAGACCCAGCUCGGCCUAAGAACACAGACACUGGGGACAGCACGGCGUCGAAGGGGACGGACGGCGAGGGCGACAAGGGCGCCAGCGGCGGCGGCGGCUCCAUGGCGGCCACCAACAUCGCCCUGAUCGCCGGCGGCGUGGGCGGCGGCGCCUUCCUGCUCCUGGUGACGGCGGUGAUCGCCGCGCUGUGCUACCGGCGGCGGCGGGCCAAGCACUCGGAGACCCACCACCCGGCGCUCUCGCUCUCCUCGCUCACGCCCAAGCGCGGCAGCACCAGCGCGGCCGGCACCACGGCCGGAGGCGGCCCGGGCUCCGGCGGCGGCGGCGGCGGCAACAACAACGGCUCGGAGCCCAGCGACAUCAUCAUCCCGCUGCGGACUUCCGACUCGGCGUACUGCCCGCACUACGAGAAGGUGAGCGGGGACUACGGGCACCCCGUCUACAUCGUGCAGGAGAUGCCCCCCCAGAGCCCCGCCAACAUCUACUACAAAGUAUGAGGAGAACGAGGCGCCGGCCCACACACAAACAAACAAACAAACAAACAAACAAACAAGAUGAUAUGAAAGACAGAGACUUUGCCGUGCUACGCUACUGUGGUCUCGUACUGAGACCUAUUCCCCCUGCCCCCCACCCCUCAACUUUCCACACCUCGCCUUGCCUCUCUCCCUCUCUCUGACACACACACACACACACACACACACACACACACACAGCUCUAACUCCAAGACUCAUGAACUUGUAGCUUCCCCCAAAACCUAAUCUCUCUCACGGCGCUCCUGGUGCUCCCAUCCCACUCCAGCCUCCUACGACGACCCCGAUGCCAACGUGGCGCUGCCCACCCCUCGCAUGCCCACAGAGGGCACACCGCGCCGACGGGAAACAGUGGGCACCACCAGCGUGGCGGACUUAACCAGAGCGGGGAUGUCGUCGUGCUUCUUGUUUUUUUUCUUAUCGCUACUCUUUUUCACUCCUUCUGGGGUGGACCUAGAAGUGUAGGAGAGGCCCUGGACUCUUUAGGCCUCGCUACUGGUUACACAAGGUGUUUUAUGAAACAGUAGGGCUGCAGUGAAUCAGAUUUGAAAAAUGUUUUAGAACAAAAAAAAAUGUUGUGUGUGUGUGUGGGUGUAUGUGUGUGGUUGUUUAUGUGUGAGUUUGUACCCGUGUGCUUGUGUGUCUGUGUUUUUUUCUGGAAAGGGUGUUUGUUGGAUGUGUAUGUGUGUGUGCGUGUGUGUGUGUGGGUGGUUUUGUUGUAAAUGAGGAAGAAAAAAAGAACCAAACCACAAAAACAAGCUUUAGUCGAAAGCAAGAUUACAUUUCCUUUUUCAGAUCACUGUCAGCAUUUAUAGAUGAUAUAUAUACAGUAUAAUAUAAUUACCUUGUAAAGCUUCUAACUUCUUCCAUCAUGUUGUUUUGUUGAUUUGUUUGUUUAUUUUAACUCAGUUGUCAAUGAUGUGUUUGUUGUGUUGUUGCUCUACUUGUUUUGAGAACUAGAGGCCCAGCCAUAACUCCCCUUGGUGCUGUUAUUUAUUUCUGUCGUUUUGUUUGUAACAAAAAAAAUUGAAGGCUUUGUCCUCUAUUUGUCUGGCUUCAUCACUACCACUUCUACUUCAGGAUGCCUUCCCUUUGGAUUCUUGUUUCGCCGGAGGAAAAAAAAAGAAAGAAAGAAAAGAAAGAUAGAAUGGAGUCGCAGGAAACUUGAACAGAGGAUGGGUCAAACAAAAAAAGAUGACUUGGAGGACGAAUCAGAAGCCAACCGUGUGUUUGAUUACAGUGGAGAACUCAGACGAAAUGACAGCGGGGAGGCUCUGGGGGUCUCCAGAGGUCCCCAUGGAAAAAAAAGGCCACUGGUGAACAACACACGCACACACACACACACACACUCAGACACGCACUCAGCCACAGGAGUCCAUACAUCCAAAUCAUUUAUUGAUUUCUCUCACUCGAACUUUUGGUCUUGGUCUGUUUUUGAAAAUAAAACCACAAAUCCUAGCACAAGCACAAAAGAAACAGCACUAUGCCACUGUCAUUUCCUGUCGGAGGACUGUUUUGAGGCCCUCAUGGUUCAUAUCCAUACAUGUAUGUGUACUCUGCAGACAUUUUUGUUUGUUUUUUUAAAAAAGAGGGACUCUGUGUUGGCUUUGUGUUCCGCUGGAUGACGGGUGAGAGGCGAUGACGAGCAUUUGAAGAGAACAUCUUUCACCAACUAAAAAUCUUUCUUACCCCUCCCACCCAACCCUUUAAUCAACAAGAAAGGAGAAAAUGAAAAGCAAACAACGAACGACUAAAAAUACGACUCUCGGGGGGGCAACGUUCUCCGUUGCUCCGUGUCAUUCCGGUCAAGUCUGUUCCGCUGCACAAGGGAAUACCAGCCGCUCCGAACAACAAGCGUUACGCUCCGCAAACAUCUUCUCAUCACGCCAGACAUCUCCACGUCCUCGCCGAUCACCACAUCUCACAGCCGCUUAGUGCUGCGUUGACAGCAGAUGUCGGCACGAGGUGGACAUGGCACAUGCAUGUGAAUGUGUGUGUGUGUGUGUGCGCGCGUGUGUGUAUGUGGGACUCACAGCUCAGUGUACUCAGCGUUUCUCUACCUCUGUGUCCAUGCAGAGAGGCAACACACACAACUCAGCCUUUCACGAAAUAACUAAUAAUCCUAAAAAGUAACAAUAUGUUUGUAUUUUUUAAAAGAUCACCGUGAGCAAACUGGACACUGCAGUUCAAAACCCUAGUACUGUAGAAGGAACCAGAAGGCUAUUACAUUGACACUUUGUAUUGUAUUGUAAAUUGUUCUUUUCUUCAUGGUAUAUAUUUUUUUUUCAUGAGGAUGUUUUUUCUUGCUCUUUCUCUCUGUCUUUCCAUCACCUGAUAACUCUCUCCACUCACUUUUGUGCCAAGAGCUGUGUUUUAAAUGGAGACGGAGGGGCCUGUAUCAUGUUGUUUUUAUUUUAUUUUAUUUGAUUAUAAUUAUUAUUAUUAUUAUUACUACUAUCAUUUUCCUACUGGUGUUAGGCAGGCAAGAUGCUGGUGAGACCCGGUUCAGAGUCGAGGAGACCGCAGAAAGCGACCUAACGCAGUCGUGACGGGACUGACUUCCCAGAGACGGACCUUGAUGAGUUGAGACAGGCGCUCCGGACUGGCUUAGGCAGACAGAGUGCUGCCUACAGCGAGAGCCGAAGCUGGGGGGGGGGGUACGAGACUGCUCAGUGCAGUCUACAGUGGAUGAAAUGGGACGACUAGCGGGCUUUAGCAUGUGCACUUAGCGUCAG